AUGCGAAUCUGGAUCGAGUUGAAUUGUCAUUUGGCUGAUGGGAUCUUAUCGGUUUAUACAAAUCAGGAGGAUGAUUCGGAUACCUUGCAUUUCAUGGCAGCGUUUCUGCUUUUUGACGGACGACAUAGCGAUACCACUUUCCAGCUUAUGAAUGAGGAGGGCUGUUUUUCAAGGUUACUAGAGCUUGUGCGGUCUCAGAGCCCGGACAUUGAUGAUGGAGCUGGUCUUCAUCGUCUCUUGAUGGACCUGCUCUACGAGAUGUCUAGGAUCCAGAGGGUGAAGAUAGAGGACCUGGUGCUCGUGGAAGAUGAGUUCGUAAAGUACCUCUUCGAGAUCAUCGAGGGACUAUCUAACGACGCCAAUGACCCAUACCACUAUCAUGUAAUUCGAGUUUUGCUGGUUUUAAAUGAACAAUUUAUGGUUUCAGCACAUGACCCUGUCUCAGGGGCAUCUUCCAGCCCACCGACGAAUAAAGUGAUCAAAGCAGGGAACGCUUCUAUGCGCGAGACUUCCUUGCAACUUCUUACCUUGAAGCUUCUCUAUCUCAUUUUCACAACCCCAUCCACUUAUGAAUACUUCUACACAAAUGAUCUACGAGUGCUCGUUGAUAUCCUCAUCCGAAAUCUGCUAGAUCUCCCCGAGGAUUCCGUGGCUUUGCGACACACAUACUUGCGUGUUUUCUAUCCUCUACUUGCCCAUACUCAGCUUCAACACCCUCCGCACUAUAAGAAAGACGAAAUUAGGCGAACGCUCGGUCUCCUGGUUCACAGCCAGUUUGAUGGCGAGGAAGAUGAUUAUGAGAGAAUAUUACACUUCGCCGAGGCUGAUGAAACCACCAAAAGGCUUGUCGCCCGGUGUAGCCAAGUCGAGUGGCUACGGGACCCGAAACCAGUGUCUACUUCUGAAACACUUCCAGCAGAAGAAGAAGAAGGUGCGUCAGAUGGCACGGGAAUUUCUAUAGUCGGAAUCAAGGAAUCCGACGAGGAUAACACCGUCCUCGCUGCAUCUCCGGACUCUGCUACUCUCUCGCCCACGUUGAUGAAUUCAAGGUCACCGACCACUCCAUCUAGUUUUAGUCGUCACCAAGCAGAAAGACUUGGAAUGCAUUUGGAACCAGCCAGCGCGUCCACCUUGAGCGUUAUGGAAGUAGCCGCUCAGAAUGAGAAACCUGGAGUAAUGACUCCAAGCCGUAAGGAUACUAGGUCAUCAGACCAGUCGUUUGAAGCCAUUUUAUCCGUUCGAACGAAGCAAAAACCAGAGCCUCCCAGAGCAAGGCGUACGAGAGGCCAGCAGGCACGAGAAGAAGAUGAAGGUGGAGGUGAGAAACUUGCUGUUGAAUCGGAGCAGAAACCUGCAACGUCUAUAGACAGGCAAAACUCCGGUGAGAAUUCUUUGGCAUCAUCAGUAUCGACUAUGGCGAGGUCGACAUCCCGGCCUGCGCCAGCACUACCUCCCCCGAGACGAUCAGCACAUCCUAUGCCAGCUGCAGCCACAGUCGAUGGCUCUUCUGUGAAACCGGGUGUCAAACCAGAGCCGCCAAAGACGCGGCGAUGGCGGCAUGGUCAAAAACCAUCUACCGAGCAAUCCAUGGGCGAAGAAGUAGAGAAUGCUUAG